AUGAUUAGCUCUGGUUAUUGCUGGCUCCGGCAGCCAUCUAGUAGAGUGGUCUACAGGCUACCGCUUGCUCUACCCGGAUUGCGCCACGCUUCUUCUGCGAUCAUACCAGACAGACCUGGGCCUCCGCAGUCACAGCUACUCAGAUUUGCCCUGACCGGUGGGGCAGGCCCGGCGUACGCGGCGGGUGAGCGGCAACUUGUGAAUGUCUUUUUGGAAGAUUGGCCUUUGAACUCCACGCCAGCCCCAUUAUGGACUCCUCGCACUGUGAAAACCAAAGGCGGCCCUUCAAGAAGCACCCCGACGUAUGCCCUGGCAAACGCGCGAAAUCUUCGAAAGGUACGGCAUUUCAUAGAGAAGAAUGUGAUCAGCAACUCUGGCAAGACCCAUGCCUUCCUUAAUUCAUCGGCGGCGUUGGCAAAAGCGCUGAAAAACUGCGAGCGAGGCAGUUCAUCACACGCGGAAAUUCUUGCCUUCAUCAACGGGCUCGAGGAGAGGCUGAAACUGAUUGGUAGUCCGAAUCUCAGAGUCGUUCAUGUUAUGGGCAUGCGCUACGCAUGUGCUGCCUUUUCCGAGCCCGCUUUGCGCCAUCACUUGAAGCAGCAUUAUCUCUCUACUGGUAAUAAAUACUUAAGGCUGUCAGAAAGUGUUGACCUGGUGCGGAAUCUCUUAUCAACCCUUGAGGCGUUGUCAUUUCAGGAUCCAAAGCACAAUACAGACAACUUACGUCGUUUGGUCACUGGGAGCCGCGGUCCAAGCCUAAACAAGAUACUCUGGUGGACGCGCAAGGAUGUUAUUCCCAUGGAGGUGGGAGAAUACCUGUCUUUGCUCGUUAGGCUUAAGAUCGAUCGUCUGGAGAAGCAAAUAUGGGAAAGAUAUCUCAAGGGCCUCACUCGCAACACCGUUCCUUCUUACCCGGAGGCUAGAUCAGCGUACGUCUAUGCCAUGUCUCUUGUCGAUGCCGGCAAAUCGUCAAAGGCUGUGGAUAUUCUAAAGCAGGCAUCGCUGGCUUGGCGUACUUUGCCCGGUAUCUCGAAUUUCGAACGCACGAGGGAUCUUCUAAAGGACGACGCCAUAAGCAGUGUGCUGGGCCAUCUUGUCACUGAAGGCGAGUUUGUUAGGCUCCUGCAUAACCAGCUGGGUGAAAUCGAGCAAAAGCUUGGGAUUACUUGGCUUGGGGAAUUGCAUCCUGACGAGUCUCUCCACAUUGGGCUCUCGAACAGCCGCGUUGCUACUGGCCAACCAGUGCUGGACAUGGACGGGGAUAGUCCUGGCUACGAGAGUGCUGAAAGACUGGUUGCGGAAAUUCGAGCUCGUGGAUGCUCCAAAUCCCCUGCUGAACUUGGGAAGAUUGCCGACUUGUUGGACGAGUACGAGGGAAAUUUGAUACCUAUCUCCAUCGAAACCUGGCCAAACUAUGACACCAAACUUUACUGGGCACCUGAGCGCUCACCGCUGGAACUCGGCAGGGCUUCAUCGGCAUCCGACAUUUCCCAGGACCCACUACUCUCGAAUUUAGGGCUGGCCAGAGUCAUUGCAUGCGAGAAGCAGAGCGCCUUCGUCAAGCUUGUACAAACACUGCAUUUGAUCCAACUUGGGUACCUUCUUACCGAGAAACUAUCAUCCUCCGCGGAUGGUUCCGACGCGUCACCCCAGCUGGAACACUCUGGUUACAUGGUGGCCUGGGAUCGUGUUCACGGUAGACUGCUGGUUGUCUAUGCAGGUACAUCGCGAGGAAAGGUCGAUCCUUCUACUGGAUUCUCAGCUUACACUAAGCCCGCUUUCAUGAGAUCAAUCAUGGUAGUACAUCCCAUUCAGGAUACCUGGGCACUCGGUCCAACUAUCUGCAUUAGAGGAUACCGCCUUGAACUGGAUCCCUGUCCGGAUCUGAUCCUCAACAAAGACAGAGAAGCGGGACAGACAAGAAAAGGUCCUGAGGCAGGGGUGCAGCCGGCAACUGUAUCGACCUAA